CAAUAAACAAUUUUUUGGUUAUGAAGGGAUAAAUAACCAAGCCUAAACUGACAUCCAAUCACCUGACGUGAAUCCCCUGCCACGAGAGGUUAACGUACCGUUUGGAGAUAUAUUGUUUAAAAUUGAGCAAAUCAUCAUGGAGACGGGAAAUAAUGAACAAAUUGAACCAGAGGAGAUUAAAAUUCCAGUGCCUUGGGGUCACGUUAGCGGAAAAUGGUGGGGUCCCAAAUUCAUUCAGCCUGUUGUAACAUUACAUGGCCGUGAAGAUAAUUCCGGGAGUUUUGAUACGCUAAUGCCAAAAUUAUGUAAAAAUCAAUCAUAUUUGUGUCUGGAUCUGCCCGGUCAUGGUCUCUCAUCGCAUCUCCAUGAAGGCCAGUACUAUUUCGUUUAUUGGCAAGGUGUUAUGUUGCUGCGCAGGGUCGUCAGACAUUUCCAGUGGAACAAGGUGAAGAUUAUGGGGCACUCCAUGGGGGGUGCUAUUGGAUUUUUGUACGCGGCGUCCUAUCCAAAAGAUGUUGAAGUCCUGAUUUGUCUGGAUAUUGCCGGUCCCUUGGUGCGAGAUGACUUCAGGUGCGUUGAAAUGGCUGGAGAUCAGAUCGACAAGUGUCUGGCGUACGAAAAAUCUGAUGCGACGAAUCGUCCGACCUAUGACUACGACAGCAUGAUUGAUAUAGUCGAGGAUGCGUAUAAAGGUUCGAUUACGAGAGCUGGUGCUGAAAUCCUCCUGAAGAGAGGAUCACAGCCUUCCCCGAUCCCCGGGCAAUAUUAUUUCACGAGGGAUCCAAGGCUGAAGGUAUCUUAUUUGGGGAAUUUUAAUGGGGAGCUGCUCAAGGCGUUCGCCGAGAAAAUUACGUGUGCUUAUCUCAAUAUUAAAGCUGAUAAAGGUUCCAGGAAUGAUGGUAAAGGGCGAUAUCCCGAUAUCCUUGAUACCAUUAAAAAAUCUGCAGAUAAAUUCGAAUAUCAUGAAUUCGAAGGGACUCACCACAUGCAUCUGAAUGAUCCAGAGACCGUAGCUCCCGUAAUAAUGAAUUUUUUAAAAUCCCUCAUGAAAAAUAAUUCAUGAUUCCUCCAUUAUUAUGAAUUAUUGCAUUUAUUC